AUGAGUUAUCACAAAGUGCCCCAAGAAAGUUACCCUCCUCCAGGGUACGGAUCAGUAUAUCCUCCGCCGAGGGCACCACCUCAACCGCCGGUGGACGGCCACCCUUACACGUCAGGGUACACUUAUCCGCCCCCGCCGCCGGGCCCCGGGGGUUAUCAGGGAUAUUUCGGUGGUGGGCCCCCGCCCCCUCCGCCGCCUCACCACCACAUCGAUCACCAUCACCACCACCACGACGAUGAUCACUCGGGUUGUACCUCCUUUUUACGAGGCUGUUUAGCUGCACUCUGUUGCUGCUGUGUUCUGGAGGAGUGCUGCUUCUGCUUUUGA